CAGCCAAUAGGCGGUACUGCGCUGUGCCGUUCCUCAGGACGCGCUCUCCAUCUCCAGCCCUGAGGACAUCACCGGGUCUCCGCUCUGCUUUCCUCCCUAAUUGACCCAAAUCCAGUUUCUCGGCUGUCCCUAAAGGCGCGCUAUCACGCAGCCUGCACGAUUAGGUGCGAAACGACGCACCGUGGAGCUUUUUCACCCUCUCUCUCUCUCCCUCUCUCUCUGUGUCUGGGAGCAGUAAAUACCUCUUUGCCUUUCUGUCCUCAGAUCAGCCCCAACACGAGGUCCGCGCCUGGAUCUCCCUCAGCAGAACCUCUCGGAGCGCGUUCGGGAUGAUUUACGCAGAGCCGAAAAAGCCGCUGCCUCUCCAGGGAAGGGCGUUAUAAUACUCUGAUCCGCGGGGAUAUUUCAAGCUGCGAUAACCAGCCGGACCCAUAAGCGCAAGAGUCGUAAUGUUAGACGAUAAAGCGCCGAGAUCCAAACUCGGUGCUCCGUCUUUUUACAUCGAGAAUCUGCUGGGCACCUCCGGCGGGGAUUCUACGGUCGAGGAGCGGGCGGAGACCCCCGGAUACAAAGUUAGGGGGGCUGCGCCUAACUCGGGGGUCAGUAGGGGGCUGGAAACGGGACAACCUCUUCCAAACACUGAAGAGCUUCAUGGGUCCAGCAUCUCAGAUAAACGGGGGGUCCAUGCACCACCAAGCCGAGGUGAUUCCCAAGCUUUAUCGGACUCAGCGGAGGAGAGCGAUGAAUCAGUGGGGAAGAGAGACGAGAGUCCAGCUAAUGACAGAGAGGAAGAAGCUGUGCAUUCUUGCUGCACCCUAGGGCAUGACAAGUGUGAUACGAGUGAGGCUAAAAUGCUGCGGAAGAAGAAGACGCGCACCGUGUUCAGCCGCACUCAGGUCUUCCAGCUGGAGUCCACCUUCGAUCUGAAGCGCUACCUGAGCAGCGCUGAGCGAGCCGGGCUGGCCGCCUCGCUGCAGCUCACAGAGACCCAGGUCAAGAUCUGGUUUCAAAACCGCAGGAACAAGUGGAAACGUCAGAUCACCGCCGACGUGGAGACCGGCAGCGCCCUCGUACCUUACAGCGGCCACAGGGUGGUCAGAGUCCCCGUGGUGUACAGAGAGAGCGGCGGCACGCCUCUGACUCUAGCCGGCCUGCCUCAGGUGUCGCCGCCGGUUAUCGGGGUCUCGGAUCCCAUCACCUAUCCACUGGCUGCACACCUCGCCCACCCGGUGAUGUUCAUGUCGCCACAGAUGACCGGACUGGUAUGAUGUAAGCUUGAAAGUAGAGACAUCAUCAGCAACUUUAACUUUAUCAGUUUAAAUGGCCUGAUUUCUUUUCCAAACCACUGAGGAUUUAUUCACCAUGUGCUUAGCUAUUUCUCCUGGAUGUCUUUGCUUCAAAGAUACAAUCAUCAACUUUAUUUUUUAACCUAUUGGUAAGCACAAGUCGUUUUGGGGGCUAGGACUUCAUGACCGUUUCUUAUGAGGAUGUUUCACACAAGAUGCAAACGCCCAGUUCUGUUGCAUUUUUUUGAUCACCCUUUUGCUUUUCACAGAAAAUGUACAUAGAGUGUAUGGGAUCAACUCAAGGUCAAUAAAACUGUCAGCUUCUCACA